AAAGAAAAUGAUGAAGUUUUACUUAAGGAGAUGCAGCCAAGCUUAAAUCUUCGAAGCUUAGAAAUAAGAGGCUAUGGGGGCACAAGGUUUCCAAGCUGGAUGUCUUGCAUGCCCAAAUUAGUUCGGCUACGUUUGUUUGAUUGUACAGCAUGCAAGAGUCUCCCAUUACUUGGUGAGCUCACUAGCCUCAAGCAUUUGGAGAUUGGUGAGCUACCUACGGUGGAGUACACAGAAAGUGAUAUUGAUACUCUCUUAUCGCUUCCUAAUCUGUCUACAUUAAUGAUACAGAGGUGUCCUAAUUUGGAUUGGAUUCCACCACUUGUACGUCCCAAGGAGUUGAAACCUCCUACUUUCCCUUUGGAGUCGUUGCAGACCUCAUUUGCCACAAUUGAACAGGUAACUGGUAUUGAUGAUCGAGUGAAGGAGGUAAUCAAAUUAUUGGCAAUAGAAGAUGAUGGAAAUAAACCACGCAUAGUUGGAAUCCAUGGAACUAACGGAAUUGGCAAGACAACUAUUGCGAAGGCCGUAUACAACCGACUCUCCUCAUGUUUCGAUAGUUGUAGCUUUCUUGCAGAGAUUGGUGAAAAAGUGCAAAAUAAUGGCGGUAUCCAGUUUGUGCAAACUAAGUUGAUAUGUGAUAUUCUUGAUCGAGAUUGCAAUGUUGCUUCUUUUGAAGGAGGAAUCAAGUUUUUCUUGGAUGUAUUCAGCAACAUAAAAGCUCUUAUUGUCGUAGAUGAUGUGGAAGAACUGUCUCAUCUUUAUGAUCUAGUUGGUACCCAACUUGAGUGGUUUGGUCGUGGAAGUCGGAUAAUUGUUACAUCAGAAAAUCUUGGAAUUCUCGAAACAUUUGUGCCAGAAAGGGCUAAUAUCUAUGAGGUGAAUAAGAUGGAUAAUGGUCGAGCUCUUGAACUUUUUUACAAGCAUGCUUCAAUACCUUGGUAUCCUGAAAUUGGGAAGCACAUUGUCAAAGCCACAGGGCAGGUGCCAUUUCUUAUUGAAGUUAUUGGUUCACUUCUACAUGGAAAAACAAUAGAAGAUUGGAGGAAGAUGGAGGACAUGAUAAAACCACACUCUCAAGAGAUUUUGAAGGAUUGUAGGGAGAUUUUGAAAAUCUGUUAUGAAGCAUUAGAUGAAAAGCAGAAACAAAUAUUUCAGGACAUAGCAUGGUUUGCCAAUGGCAUGGAUAGCCAAAUUGCAUCAUAUAUGUGGCCUGAUUUAGAUCUUUUGCCUUCUUACCAAGUUCUGAUGCCCCUAGCAAAAAUUGGAGAAGACAACAAGCUGCGGAUGCAUAAACUGUUGAAGCACCUCUGCAGAGCUGUAGAUCAAGGAGAACCUAUAUAUCAUGUAAAGCGCAGAAGACUAUACAUCAAUGAUCCAGACCUGAAAGUAAUCAACGAAGAAGAGGGAAUGGAAGUGGCGGAAGUCCUUUGCCCCGAUACAUUUACGGAAACUUUGCCAAACGUAAGGUUCUUGAAAUUGGACCGUGCAAGUAUGACUGGAAAUUUUGCAGACGUAUUUCCAAAGUUAAGGUGGCUUCGUUGGCAAGGGUGCCCAAGGGAUUUCGAAGCAACAGAACUUAAUCUGACUGAACUGGUCAUUCUUGAUCUUUCAUGGAGCAAAGUCACUAAAGACUGGGGAGGUUGGAGGAAAAUCAAGAUGGAGCAAUUGAAAGUCUUAAAUCUCACUAGUUGCACUGACUUAUUGAUAAGUCCUGAAUUUUCUAGCUUUCCAAACUUGGAGAUACUGAUUCUAGAGCGAUGCUCUCGGUUGGUCCAUUUAGAUCCUUCAAUUGGGGGUCUCGAAAAAUUGCUUUGCCUAAAUUUGAAGUCCUGCACUGAACUCAACAGGUUGCCUGCCGAACUGGGUGCUUUGAAAGCUUUGAAAGAGCUCCUCAUUGAUGAGACUUCUGUGUGUGAUAUUUCUUUGCGGAGUGAUUCAGAAGAAGUUGAACACCUGACAUCACUUUCAAUACUCUCAGCAAAUAAUUCAACAAAUAUUACCAAACUCCCCAGUGGACAAUACCCAUAUUCUACGAAGACUGCUACUUUGAUAGUUAAGGAUGCAUUUCCAGCCUCGAAACCUGCUUUUGAUGACAAAGUCAACAUUUACCUCUUUUAUUUUAUGUUCAAUCAAAAUAAGGAUAUGAGGAUCUUGAGACAAAGCAAAACCUACAAGGUCCUUUUGUUUGGGCUAUUAUUAAGGCCCCAUACAUUCCAAGAAAGGAGAAUCAUUGGUCAGGAGGCUCAGCCUCACUCCUCAUAUCCUCAAGUAAAGCAACAAGACUGA